UCCGGGACGCAGCCUCCGCAGACGUUGCGUGCGCUUUGGAUUUGGGAACUCGUGGGUACGCAGGAUUCGGAAAGGCUCGGACGCCGACGAAAAGAUCAAAAGGCUAUGGAUUUGGAAUGAAUCCUUUAGAAUACGCCUUUUGAGAAACGUUGACCACAGUUUAGCAUUUUAAAUUUUAUUUACUUGAACAAAAUGAGUGAAAUAGCAUUUUAUUAACUAAAUGAUAGGCCUACGGCACUAAGGAAAACACGAAGGGACGAUUGAUGCUUUUGUGCGCAUUAUGCCUCCUCCGUCGUAUGUUUUAAUUUCUGAGUGAUGAGACGUAAGUUAGCGAACUUAACAACCAUAGCUAUAGCGCUACAUCUGCAUGUAAAGAAGUCUACCAAUCGAAAGAAUGAACUCCUCAGCAGGUGCCACCAGCGACUACCGAAGGGGCUCCCCUAAGGGAGAGAAGGAUCUGGUGGGCAGUGCCCCUCCGCAGAGGAACUGGAAAGGGAUCGUCAUCGCCCUGCUGGUGAUCUGUGUCAUCUUGUCUCUGAUCGUCACCUCUGUCAUUGUGCUCACCCCAAUUGCGGAUGAUAGCCUUGCCUUUAGAAAGAAAGUCACCGUUGAGGACGUCUACGGAGAAGAACUGCAAGUGCACGACCCCGGCGCUACCUGGCUCAGCGACAAUACAUUACUAUAUCGAACACGAGAAGGGGAUGUGAUCAAACUCAAUGUCGAAACACAGGAGAAAGUCAUUUUGGUGGAAAACAGGAAGUUUGAAAUGUACAAGGCCACGAAGUACCAAAUAUCUCCAGACAUGGAGCACGUUCUUUUGGCCUACAAUGUGGUUCCAGUCUACCAACACUCCUACACGGCCUCUUAUAUCAUCUGCAGUCUACGUACCCCAGAGACAUGGAGCUUGAAUCCACCUGAGGUACGGAACGCCCCCCUGCAGUAUGCUGGAUGGGGACCCAAAGGCCAACAGCUGAUCUUUAUCUUCGAGAACAACAUCUAUUACCGAGGCGCAGUGUCAAACAGGACCCUCCGUCUGGUGUCCACAGGGAAAGAGGGAGUCAUCUUCAACGGCCUGAGUGACUGGCUUUAUGAGGAGGAAAUCUUCCAGACCCACAUAGCUCAUUGGUGGUCUCCGGAUGGCGUCAGGCUGGCCUACGCCACCAUCAACGACACCCUGGUGCCCAAGAUGGAGCUCCCCAUGUUCACCAGUGCCCCGUAUCCCACAGGGCUGGAAUAUCACUACCCUAAGGCUGGGGAGGCGAACCCGUUAGUUCAUCUGUCUGUGGUGAGUCUGAACGGGCCCCCUCACACCGUGGAGAUUAAAAAGCCAGAUGACCCCCGGGUGGGAAAGGAAUAUUACAUCACCAUGGUGAAGUGGUUCACCAGCACCAAGCUGGCUGUCAACUGGCUGAACCGAGCCCAGAACAACUCCGUCCUGACACUGUGUGAGGCCACUACAGGAGUCUGCACUAAGAAACAUGAGGAUGAAAGUGACAGCUGGCUACACAGACAAAACGAAGCACCACUCUUCUCCAAGGAUGGUUCCAAGUUCUUCUUCACCAGAGCUAUUCCUCAGGGAGGGAGGGGCAAGUUCUUCCAUAUCUCCAUGGUCACCUUCCAGCACAACUCCAGCACCGAAACUCAACUGCAGUCCCUGACAUCAGGAGACUGGGAUGUCACACAAAUACUGGCCUACAACCAAGACAUACAGCUCAUAUACUUUUUGAGUACGGAGGAUGACCCCAAACGCAGGCACCUCUACAGUGCGGACACUUUCGGCCCAUUCAACCGUCGCUGUCUGUCCUGUCACUUUAAGUGUGGCUAUGUGGAAGGCUCUUUCAGCCAUAACAUGCAGUACUUCCUGCUCAACUGUAAAGGCCCUGAUGUGCCUAGUGUUGCCAUCUACAAUACCACAGACAGACAGAAGGUCAUGGACCUGGAGACUAAUGAGGAAGUGAACAGCACUUUCUACAACAUGCAGAUGCCCAAAGUGGAGUAUAAAACCGUCACCAUAGAUGAUUACACUCUGACAAUGCAGAUAUUGAAGCCAGCUGGGUUUGUGGACACAGCACACUACCCACUACUGCUGUUAGUGGACGGAACGCCCGGCGGGCAGAUGGUGACGGAGAAGUUUGGCGUGGACUGGGCUACGGUGUUGGUGAGCAGUUACAACACCAUCGUGAUCCGCUUCGACGGCCACGGGUCAGGGUUUCAGGGAACCAACCUCCUCCACCGCAUCAGGAGGAAACUGGGCGAGUUCGAGGAGAAGGAUCAGAUGGAGGCCCUCCGGCUGAUAUCCAAAGAAAUGUACAUUGACAAUAGUCGAAUUGGAGUCUAUGGAAAGGUCUAUGGAGGAUAUUUAGCCACCAUGCUGUUGAGCUCACAAGACUCCCCGCUCAAGUGUGGAGCAGCUGUCUCGCCAAUCACCGAUUUCGAGUUAUACGCCUCAGCAUUUUCAGAGAGAUAUCUUGGAACACCAAAGACAGACUCUCGAGUAUACUCGGUGGCAAAUUUAGCACAUAAAGCUGGGCAUCUCAUGGACAGGAAGUACAUGAUCAUCCACCCAACUGCAGAUGAGAAAGUCCAUUUCCAGCACUCUGCGAAACUCAUCAGCCAUUUAAUCAACGAGAAGGCAAAUUACUCUCUACAGAUCUACCCAGAUGAAGGACACUUCCUGCAUAGCGAUGGCGCACAGCAACACCUGAGCCAAUCACUGGUCAACUUCUUUGAGGAAUGUUUCCGACUGCCAGACCUACCGACAGAAGACGAGUAUGACAAGGAGGAGGGAGGCGGUUAAGUUAGCUUUCACAUGGUUAAACUAGAAUAAACACAGUUAACGCUCUGGCCAGCUAAUAGAGCACAAUAUGCAACACCUUACUCAACCUAGCCUGGUCCCACAUCUGUUUAUACUGUCUUGUUAACUCCUAUGGUUAAUAUCUGACAAUGGGAAGACAGCACAGACUAACUUGGGACCAUGCUACCAUCUGUAUAUUUUGGGGUCCCCUUUAGAACAUAGUACCUGCAUGACAUACCAGAGACUUCACUCUUCCGCAUUGUCGUCUUCUUCACUUCUGGUUGACUGCCAAAUUGAACUGGCCGGUAAGGCGUCUCGCUCACUGGUGUCGUCUUUGGUUUAAAGAAAUAAGUUGUAGCAACGAGCACGUUUGUUUUCUCUUUUUCGGGGGGGGUUCAAAUGAACUGGCCGACGAAGAGGAGCCCUCUGGUCACCCCAGUUGUGGACAACUUGGUAUAACGCCACCCAGGGAUCCAUCUCAUCACCUACCCCACCCCCCCCCCCGUCACAUCUACAGAGGGAUUUACAGCACAAACAUAUCCCCCUCUCAACAUCACCCGUAUGGCUGUUAAAAUGGACGGGACCUUGAAGAGCUCCCUGUCGUUGGGACCAUUACUAUAAAUGAGUCUUCACCACCAGAGUUACUGAUGACUGUGUCCAUUCUGAUGAUAAAAUAGCAUCCUACGAAACUAUUUCUUUCUCCUAAUUGCUAAUGUUCCGUGUGUUGGAGUACUGUGGCAGACGUAUGGUGGACGUAUUGAUGUAUGGUAGUUACAUCAGCCCAUCGUUUCCUUUCUAAAUGAAGGCACAAUGUUACUUUUAAGUUAAAAAAAACAAUGAAGACCUCAUGGGAUUGUUACAUUCAUUGCUUGUCGUCUCCUGUCACUGUGCCUUAUUACAGGGGGUGAACGUGUUCUUGUCAGGGAUUAGAGAACCAUUUAAUGAAAACAGAACCAUGGAAAUGUAACUUGCUUUUCUUUUUCUUUUUUUACAUUUCUUCCUAGUUUUCAUCCCUCUGACAUUUUCAGGCACAUACUGGGACAAUAGUUUAACAGUGUGGAGCUGUUUGAAUAGAAAUCCAUGUAUGAUUAUUUCAGUGAAUCAUUGCUAUCAGACCAGUCUAUAUGGUUGAAAAUAAAUGUAAUUGUGUGUGUCCUAUAAAACAGUGAUAUUAAGCUUGUAUGAUACAGACACAAAUCAAAUUUCCUGGCUGUUGUAACUACAUCAAAGGUUCUUGAGGCACAUUCAGUGUACGUUUUUUAAUUUAUCUUGAUGAGUUACAAUGUUUGGUUAUUCUGCCAGCUGGCUCAUUUAAAAUUAAGUGUUUAAUUGCUUAAUUGUUCAUGACAUUUCUGUUAGUAUCGUCUGUGAACGUUUCUAAUCAGCCGAUGGUCAAAAUGUAUGAAUCUUACAUCGUAGAAUUCCUAAACUAUGUGUGAGAGACUUGUACAUAAAGCAUUUUCGAAUUUCCCAGAGUA